UCCAAGAAAAUCGAAUAUUCCAUUUGGCUAAACAAUUAAUCAGUUUUGACUGGGAUUUUUCAAUGAAAUGCCUCCUCCCGAGUCCAAAGGAGAUGAUUUACACGAAAGAAUUGGAAGCUUCGUUUCUUACCUCAAGCAAGGUCAACUUCAUGGAUCAUAUGAUGUGGCAUUUCAGACACUGCAGCUUUUAAGAAGGAUCGUUUCCCAGACUCGCUGGAGCACUGCAGGUGAAUUGAUGCAGUAUAUGAAAACAGAGGGAAAGAAAAUGGCAAGUGCUCAGCCAACAGAUUCUGUGGUUGGAAAUAUGGUACGGAGAGGUUUGAAGAUCAUAAGAGAAGAAUAUGCAGGUUCUGUUAGUGGUAAAACAGAAGAAGGGGAAACAGAAGAAUCUUUACAUAAACUGUUAAUGGCUGGUGGACCCUCCACAAGUGACUUCAAUAAACCUGCUCAUGGACUCAAGGCAACUGUCAUUGAUGCUUUAAAUGAACUCUUGUCAGAGAUUGAGUCCAGUACUGAUAACAUUGCCACUCAAGCUCUGGAGCAUAUACACUCUAACGAAGUAAUAAUGACAAUUGGAAAAUCCCGAACUGUAGAACAAUUUCUCAAGAAUGCAGCAAGAAGGCGGACAUUCAGCGUGAUUGUCGCAGAGGGAGCUCCAUUCUAUAAGGGCCAAGAGCUUGCUAAAAGUCUAGCUCAAGAUGGAAUUGAAACAACUGUUAUUACAGACUCAGCUGUUUUCGCCAUUAUGUCAAGAGUAAAUAAGGUUAUUAUUGGCACUCAUGCUGUAAUGGCGGAUGGUGGGUUGCGCUCCAUCGUUGGUUCCCAUGCCCUCGCACUUGCUGCCAAGCACCAUUCAGUUCCGCUUAUUGUGUGUGCAGCCAUGUACAAACUGACACCUCAGUACAUUGUCGCGUAUGAUCAGGACAGCUGUAAUAAAUUCGUCGUUCCUCACGAAGUCAUGAAGUUCUCUGAAGGAAAUAUCCUGUCCAAAAUUGACGUCCACAAUCCAGUGUUCGACUACAUACCGCCAGAUUUAGUGAACCUCUGCAUUUCAAAUAUCGGUGGCUAUUCGCCGUCCUAUGUCUACCGCCUCGUGAGCGAGUUAUAUCACGCGGACGACUACUAUUUAUGACGAGGCAAGCCAAGAAGCGCCGAGGGAGACUGGGACCCAAGACAGCCUUUUGGUUUUGCGCGCUAGACUCAAGCAAGUUUUCUUCGUCACAGUGGGCUGAUAUCUCAGGAGAUAUCUCUUGCAAAGUCACAAAAUUGUGUAACAGCUUCCAAACCACAAUGAUUGCAAUGGGAAGUUGUUUCCAGUUCAAUCCAAUUCAUUGUGGAGAUUACAUAUGUAAAGCCAGGAAAGCAGAGAUAUAUAUAUUUGUUCCCUGAUAAGUUUUAGUUUACCAGGAGUUUUCGAGAAAUCUUUGGAAGUUUUUCAGCACUGGAAAAAGGAUAGAAAAUAUUAAACAUUAAAAAGGAAACAAGUCACUGGUUUUUUUUUUUACUUUCUAUAACAAGCGCCCCAUCGCUGAUUUUUGCUUGCAAGUUGAAUUUCGUGCAAUAAUUUGUCAUAGUUAUAAUGUAAUGCACUUAUGAAAGAACUUUUGUUCCCAACACAUUUUUGCCUCUCUGAGUACUCAGUGUGCGUUACGUUGGUUUUGUUUAUAGUGCCUUAUGAUUACUUUUUUAAAUCAGGAAAUAAUUGUUUAGAGGAGUCUCUUUCUUAAGUCUAAUGACAGCCGAUGCAAAAAAAAAAAGGGCUUGGGAACGAGGUUACCUGUUUCUGACGUCACUUUGUGAUGUAUUUAUUGUCAUUAGACGAUGAAAUCACCUAAUCAAUGGGAUCCAACCUUCGCUUAUCAAAGAGCGAAAAAGUUACCCUCUAUCAGCUUUAUUUGCUACACUAAAAUAAGUCAAUUGCUUGUGCAAGAUAAUUUUGAUUUUUACUUGGUGUAUGAUGCAGGGCAAAAGGUAAGGCCAUAAGCUGUUCUAAAAUCUCAUUUGAUUACAGCUCAUUUUACAACUACUCAUUCUUCCAAAUCGAUGUUCGCUGGAAAUCAAUUUUUCUGUGGUAACAUUGCCAUUCGAAAUAGUAUUUGUUAUGUCGAUGAUAGAAGAAUUUCAUCGGGAUAACUUGAAUGAUGUAGUCAGCAAGCUUUCAUCGCUGAUAAUCCAUUUCCAGUCGGUUUGUAUUUCGACAGCCGUGAUGCAGCAGCGAAAAUUACGGUUAUGGGGUGUUUGUUUGCGAGCAGUUUAAGCUCUUACCGAAUGCGGAAGAUAUCAGUCUGAAAUAUUUUGGUUAUGUCGUGAUAUUAUUACGGGAAAUGCAUAGUGCAUGUUUGUCUUUCAUGUUAUUGCUACUCAACGAAUGUUAAUUGGUCCUGACUGAGGUAUUUCAUGGCGGCAUGAAUUUAAAUACUGCUUUAAAUUCGAUGAGUUGUUUCACAGGUGUAAAAUAUUGUAAUGUGGAAAAAAUCUAUUCCAAUUUGAUCACAGAAAUUCUUGAUUUUUCUGAGAGAAUGGAAAUUUGCCACUUUUAAUUGGACAUGUUUAAAACUCAAUUUAACAGAUUUGUAAUUACAAUUUCAUUAAUGCACAAUUUGCCCAUUUAAAGGAAUCGCAAAAUUGUGUUUUGCCGCAAAUAGUUUAUUCGGGUCAACGUGUAAUUUCUAAAUCACCGAGACAUCGAGAAAUCAGAACACACCUGAGCAUACGAUUUGGACGAGGUUGAAGAAUUGGUUAUUUGUCAUCCACACAGACUGAAAUGCAAAUGAAUUAUAGUGCCUGUCUUUUUUUAUGAUUUCAUUUGUAGUUCCAGUUAAUCUUUGUAAUGUUUAUUAUGUAAUUUUUGACAUAU